AUGAGCGAGGAUGUAGAGCAACCCCCAGCAAAGAGACAGCGUUUCUUCGCUGACUCUCCAUCCUCACCGUUACCCACCAAACCCCAAGAUACAGACGCGUCCCUACCUCAUUGCCCGAAACACGAGAUUCCGUCAAUCGAACGCAUUCCAAAAAGCCCUUUUAGUUUGCAAAACGAAACAGAUCAGCACCAUACACAAGUCCGAUCGACGGAAAGCCUAGGGUCACCCAUUGCGGAUGCUGGGCCUACUCCCUCUCCACACCAUAAUGGAUUAGACCAACAAUGCGAGGAAGUAACGGUCAACACCACAAACACGAUCACAGAUGGCUUCGAUGUCGACCUUUUCACUAGUAUCGUAGGAGAGCAACUACCUGCCGAUUCAAUCAAAACUAUUCAAUCGGCUGCUUCCAAUAACAUCGAGCGAGCUGUUAACAUAUACUUUGAUGGAUCAUGGAAGAAGCCUGUACGGAUCAAUGGCAGCGUUCCGGCCAGAAGCCGGAAACCCCAUCUUUGUGUACAGCCUAGCCCUGGUACACCCGUUGGAAGUGAAUCGGUACUGCCAAAUCAGCCACCAGCAAGGUAUAUUGGCGCAUUUGGUGUGGGAGGAUGGGCAACGAGAAGUGGCUUCGGAUUUCUCAAGCAUGGAGACACUGUCCAUAUUGAACGCGCACGCUCGCAGCCAACUAUGAAACGCAACCGAACAGGCAGAGCAUUUGUCAAUCACAAAAGCGAUGUUUUGACUCGAUUCACGAAUACCUCGGGGCAAGAAAUUGGAAGGCUGCCACAUGAGACCGCUGAAUGGGUUUCUACGCUGAUUGAUCAGAAGAUCUGUCGGUUUGAGGGGGUCUGUGUGUUUGUACCCGACAAGGUGCGAGUCAACGAUACCAUAUAUCUACAACUCCGAGUCUACUUGCGAAAGGAAGCCUUUCAAAGCGCGGCGCUCAAUGCUCUUAACACUGAUGACAACCGAUCCACUGGACUGUUUGAAGAGAAGGAGAGCACCGAGGAGAAGAAUCUGCGACUACGCCAAGUCGGUCUAGUGAAGUUGUUUCAGGAAAUCAAUCUUCAUCCUACCUCGACCAACCCGACUACGGAAAAGCACAAAAGAGAUGGCAUUUUGCGUGCCGCUGAAAUUGCAGAACAAUAUGACAACGUGAAGAACAAAUCAAAUAAGGAUGCCAACGACUCAUCAGGCGGAGACGACAGCGAAGAACUGGAAGAAGGUCAGCUCGAUACGUUGUAUCAAAAAGCUCAAUCUUUCGAUUUCAACAUGCCAGCGGCAGAUCCAGCACCUAGCUUCACCCUUGAUCUGCGCAAGUACCAGCAACAAGCCCUUCAUUGGAUGAUAUCAAAAGAGAAAGACUCGAAGCAGACUCGAGAGAAGUCAAUGCAUCCAUUGUGGGAGGAAUACAUUUGGCCCAGGAAGGAUGUUGACGACAAAGAUUUACCGCAGGUUAAAAACAUCGACCAUUUCUAUGUCAACCCAUAUUCGGGAGAUCUCAGUGUUGACUUUCCUGCUCAAGAGCAACACUGCCGAGGGGGAAUCCUGGCCGAUGAAAUGGGUCUGGGAAAAACCAUUGAGAUGCUCAGUCUGGUCCAUUCUCACAAAGUUGAGCCUGAUCCACAGGUUUCGAAUGGUAUUAGCUCGGUGAACGACCUUGCUAUGAUGCCAAUCUCCUCUGGGGUGGUGCAUGCACCGUACACCACUCUGGUAGUCGCACCAACAUCCUUAAUCUCUCAAUGGGAAAGCGAGGCACUCAAAGCUGGGACGUUGAGAGUUCUUGUUUAUUACGGGUCGGACAAGGCUGUCAAUUUGAAAUAUUUAUGCUGCGAAUCCAAUCAUGAAACAGCUCCACAGGUGAUUGUCACUAGUUAUGGUGUGGUAUUGUCGGAAUUCCGCCAGCUCGGUCUCCAGUCGUCUGCUCCGGGCCUCCGUGCAAACGGGGGUCUAUUCUCUGUGGAAUUCUUCCGAGUAAUUCUUGAUGAGGCUCAUGUGAUCAAGAACCGUCGUUCCAAAUCUGCUAAAUCAUGUUAUGAGUUAAAAGCAGCUCACCGGUGGGCACUGACUGGCACACCCAUUGUCAAUCGCCUUGAGGAUCUCUUCAGCCUGGUGCGUUUCCUCAAAGUGGAGCCAUGGAGCAAUUUCUCCUUCUGGAAGACGUUUAUCACCGUGCCAUUCGAAUCCAAAGAAUACGUGCGGGCCCUGAAUGUCGUGCAAAGUGUACUGGAACCUCUUGUUCUUCGGCGAACUAAAUCGAUGAAAACUCCGGAGGGUGACCCACUGGUCCCUUUGCCCAAAAAGACAGUCACUAUUGAAGAGGUGGAGUUAUCUCAGCAAGAACGAGAAAUUUACGACUGCAUAUUUACCCGAGCGAAACGAACAUAUAAUGACAACGUCGUGGCUGGCACAUUAUUGAAGUCUUACAGCACAAUCUUCGCUCAAAUUCUCCGCCUUCGUCAGACCUGCUGCCACCCGAUAAUGACACGCAACAAAGCCAUUGUUGCAGAAGAAGAGAGUGCGGCGGUAGUGGCUGAUGCAACCAAUGAGUUCAAAGAUGACAUGGAUCUUCAAGAACUCAUUGACCAAUUCACGGCAGAGAACGAGAAUGCCGACUCUCGAGAAACAUCUAGAACGAUGGUCAAGUUCACUGCCCAUGCUCUUCGGCAGAUUCAAACCGAGUCUAGUGGCGAGUGCCCUAUCUGUUGUGAAGAGCCUAUGAUCGAUCCAGCUGUAACAGCGUGCUGGCAUAGUGCGUGUAAGAAAUGCCUGGAAGACUUCUUGCAACACCAAAUGAACAAGGGCGUCAAGGCACGAUGCUUCAACUGCCGUGCCCCAGUGGAUGCAAAGAAUACCUUUGAAGUAGUACGACACCCGUCCUCAAAUUCAGUUUCCUUCGGAGACGACACUGAGAGCAGCACGCCGCCAACCAGCUCCCAACCUGCCCCACGAAUCUCCCUCCGUCGCAUAUACCCCCUAUCUCCUUCCGCCCAUACUUCAGCCAAGAUCCACGCCCUUAUUAAUCAUCUCGGACGCAUCCCUCCAAAUACCAAAUCCGUUGUCUUCUCCCAAUUCACAUCUUUCUUGGAUUUAAUUGGCCCACAGCUCUCCAAAGUCGGAAUCUCGCAUCUCCGCCUCGAUGGCUCGAUGCCCCAAAAGGCCCGUGCCGCUGUUCUAGCCGAGUUUACCAAAGCAGAAAGCUUUACCGACGAUGACAUCGUCGACAUGGAAGACGAUACCCCAGGGAGAAGCGGGCCUGCAAAGUCUAGCUCUCCCUCAUCCCCGACGCCAGCCCCUACAGUCCUACUCAUCUCCCUGCGUGCCGGCGGCGUAGGGCUAAACCUGACCACCGCAAGCAAUGUUUUCCUGAUGGAUCCAUGGUGGAGUUUCGCAAUUGAAGCACAAGCCAUCGACCGCGUCCAUCGAAUGGGCCAAACACGCGAUGUCAAUGUGACGCGAUUCGUGGUCAAGGAUUCCAUAGAAGGCCGCAUGCUGCGCGUGCAAGAGCGUAAAAUGAAUAUUGCUGGCUCGCUUGGGUUGAAGAUUGGCGGCGAUGAUAGUGAAUCUGACAAAGGGAAGAACAGACUUGAAGAGUUGAAAAUGUUGUUCGAGUGA